GUCUGUGGUCCCAACCUGGCCCCACGGGAAAGCAACGCACAAAGCCUCCUGUGUCCCGGGCUGGGCUGAGAGGCUGAGCCACUUGGCGUGGGUUCAGGGCCAGUCCCUGGGAGGAGAGACGCUAGGCAGGGAGGUGUUUGCUUGUAGACCCUGUACAGCCUGGUCCUCUCCCACGUCUGGGAGGGGCCGGAGUUGGAGACAACAGCUGGGCUGGUCUGCAAGAGAGGUCAUCUGACUGGCUGCUCAGCCUGGGCCGUCCACUCCUCCUCUCCUCCACCAGGCUACACCGGAGCUGGUGCCCACACAGCCAAGCCACGAAGCCAUAACACCCACCUCACCUCUAGCACCUCUGGGGGAAUCCGGGCACACCAUGUCUGUGAGCUGUGGAAUGCUGGGAACCUCCUUGACCCAGGAGAUCCUCAGUUCCCUGGGUCUGGCCAACAAGACUGCUGCUUGGGGGACCCUGGGCACCCUCAGGACCUUCUUGAGCUUCAGUGUGGACAAGGAUGUACAGAGGCUGCUGAAGGCCAUUACAGGCCAAGGUGUGGACCACAGCGCCAUCGUGGAUGUACUGACCAACCGGAGCAGAGAGCAAAGACAGCUCAUUUCCCGAGCCUUCCAAGAACGCACCAAGCAGGAUCUACUGAAGUCCUUGCAGGCAGCACUCUCUGGAGACUUGGAGAAAAUCGUGGUGGCUCUCCUCCAGCCUGCAGCCCAGUUUGAUGCCCAGGAAUUGAGGACAGCUCUGAAGACCUCCAGUUGUGCUGAGGAUGUGGCCCUGGAAAUCCUGGCCACCCGAGCGGCACCCCGGCUGCAGGCGUGCCUGGCGGUAUAUAAGCAUGAUUUCCAGGUGGAGGCUGAGGAAGACAUCAGGACUGAGACCAAUGGCAUCUUGCAGGACCUGCUUCUGGCCCUGAGCAAGGGGGCCCGUGAGAGCUACUCUGGAAUCAUUGACUACAAUUUGGAAGAACAAGAUGUUCAGGCACUCCAGCAGACUGGGGGAUCCAGCCCAGCGGGUCAGUGGGUCCUGCUCUUUACACAGCGCAGUCCUGAACACCUCACCCGAGUGUUUGAUCGGUAUCAGAGAUGCACAGGGCAAGAACUGGAGGAUGCUAUCCGGAACUGUUUCCAUGGAGAUGCCCAGCUAGCUCUGCUCAGCCUAGCUUCCAUGAUGAGAAACACAGCACUGUACUUUGCUGACAAACUUCACCACGCCCUUCAGGAAACUGAGCCCAAUUGCCAAGUCCUGAUGUGGGUCCUCAUCUCCCGCAGUGAGAGCGACCUUCUAAGCAUCCGGGCUGAAUUCAAGAAGAAAUUCGGGAAGUCUCUCUAUUCUUCUCUCCAGGACGCAGUCAGCGGGGACUGCCGCUCAGCCCUACUAGCCCUGUGCAGAGCUGAAGACAUCUGAGACCUUCCCGACUGCCCCAACGUGCUGUUCAAAACCUGAGAUUCCCACAGUUGAUUGGACACGCAGAAGACGCCCAGGAACACCACAUAUGCUCACUUCCUCCUGAGGCUGGACCUCUACAUUUCUUUGCUAGCCUUCGAUUGCCCUCAUCUCACAGUGGUGUGUCCCAGCUCCGCUCCAGGGAGGAUGUCUUUGACACCGCCUGCCCUACUCCCCAGCAGUCAAACAUUUCGGCAAAUUCAGUGUCUUUUUGUUUCCUGGUUAAAGUUUGGGCCGAGGCCGUGGGCCUGGAGGCGCCUUUGAAGUACACUUAGCUACUCACAGGGAGUCAGUCAACAACAUUCCCCACCCCGGGGUCUCCCUUCAACUUCAUUAUUCUCUCCUCCCCGGGAAACCUCAGGCAAGAUAAUUAAGAAUAGGUACCAGGGGAUCUUAACUAGCACAGGGCCAUCUGCAAGAGCUUCUGGCCUUGGAAGUUUCAUAACAUCCCCCAGUUCCAUGCAGGGAACUGGAAAUACACCUCCAACUAGAGUCACUUCCCACAGAACACCUCCCAAGGCAGGAAAGAGGGAAAAUGCACGUUUGGGCUCCCCCUGCUGGCUCUGUGAGGAAUGACAGGCAACCUGUCCCCUCCCCACCGCCUCCCUGGUUCACAUUCCUCAACUGGGUCAAAUAUUUAACCCCACUCUAGGGUAGGAAAACAACAUAUCUCAGG